GUAUAAAGGCCCAGGGCCACCAAAGGGCCGUCACUCCACACACCUCUACUGCCUUUUGAGAAGAGCGACUGGACCCAGGGCUGACCAUGUCCCAGUUGGUGGAAUGUGUCCCCAACUUCUCAGAGGGGAACAACCAGGAGGUGAUUGAUGCCAUUUCCCGAGCCAUCUCCCAGACCCCAGGCUGUGUGCUACUGGAUGUUGAUGCUGGACCCUCCACCAACCGCACUGUCUAUACUUUCGUGGGGCGGCCAGAGUGUGUGGUCGAGGGAGCUCUCAAUGCUGCCCGGGUGGCCUCACAGCUCAUCGACAUGAGCAAGCACAAGGGAGAGCACCCUCGCAUGGGCGCUCUGGAUGUUUGCCCCUUCAUCCCGGUGAGGGGCGUCAGCAUGGACGAGUGUGUGCUCUGUGCUAAGGCCUUUGGCCAGCGGCUGGCAGAGGAGCUCAAUGUACCAGUGUACCUCUAUGGUGAGGCAGCGCAGACACCCAGUCGGCAGACCCUGCCUGCUAUCCGGGCUGGAGAGUAUGAGGCCCUGCCUGAGAAGCUCAAACAGGUAGAGUGGGUGCCUGACUUCGGCCCUAGCUCCUUUGUCCCCAGUUGGGGCGCCACUGUCACAGGUGCGCGGAAAUUCCUCAUUGCAUUCAACAUCAACCUGCUCAGCACCAAGGAACAGGCCCAUCGCAUUGCUCUCAACCUCCGGGAGCAAGGCCGCGGGAAAGACCAGCCAGGACGUCUGAAAAAGGUUCAGGGCAUCGGUUGGUACCUGGAUGAGAAGAACCUGGCUCAGGUGUCCACAAACCUCCUGGACUUUGAGGUCACAGCUCUGCACACAGUCUACGAGGAGGCCUGCAGAGAGGCUCAGGAGCUGAACCUCCCAGUGGUGGGCUCGCAGCUGGUGGGCCUGGUGCCUCUGAAGGCCUUGCUGGAUGCUGCGGCCUUCUACUGCGACAAGGAGAAGUUGUUUGUUCUGGAGGAGGAGCACCGGAUACGGCUGGUGGUGAACCGCCUGGGCCUGGAUUCCCUGGCACCCUUCGACCCGAAGGAGAGGAUCAUUGAGUACCUGGUUCCAGCUAGUGGACCGGAGCAGAGCCUGAUGGACAAGUCACUGCUCAAUUUUGUUCGGGAGGUGGGCGCCCGCUCUGCUGCCCCAGGCGGCGGCUCUGUAGCAGCGGCUGUUGCAGCCAUGGGUGCAGCCCUGGCCUCUAUGGUGGGCCAGAUGACCUACGGGCGGCGCCAGUUUGAUCACCUGGACUCCACCAUGCGACGCCUGAUCCCACCAUUCCAUGCGGCCUCCGCCCAGCUAAUCCCAUUGGUGGAUGCUGAUGCCCAGGCUUUUGCUGCCUGUCUGGAGGCAAUAAAGCUGCCCAAGAACACAGCCGAAGAAAGGGACAGGCGGGCCUGUGCUCUGCAGGAGGGGCUGAGACAGGCGGUUGCUGUGCCACUGAAGCUGGCAGAGACUGUGUCCCAGCUGUGGCCAGUGCUGAAGGAGCUGGCCCUAUGUGGGAACCUGGCCUGCUUGUCUGACCUGCAGGUGGCAGCCAAAGCCUUGGAGACAGGCGUGUUUGGUGCAUACUUCAAUGUGCUCAUCAACCUGAAGGACAUGACCGAUGAUGCAUUUAAAGAGAAGAUGCGCCAUCGAAUCUCCAGCCUUCUGCAGGAAGCCAAGACCCAGGCUGCACUUGUGUUGGAUAGCCUAGAAGCACGGAGGGAAUAAAGAGAUGCUCCCCUUCCCCCCCGCGCCAUGAAUGGUCCAACUUCCAGGGGUCUUUACCUAUCCUAAGUGACCCAAGCCUCCUUGGAGGGAAGAUUCAGCCAUGACGUCAGCAGUGUCAGGUUGGGGCUCUACACACAACUGUCUGUGUAGGAUGCUGUAGAUGCAACGGAGGUGGUUUGGGGUAGGGAGUAGGGUCUGAUUGGCGGUGGUCUACUGCAGGCAUUUAGCCUGAUACCCUCUGUUAUCUGUGGCUUCUAGUAAAUUCUGAACACAAACCUGCCUGGUGUGCUUGGGUUUGGGGGCAAGGCAAGGCUGAGACUGGAAUCGGGAGCAGGACCAGGGGACUCCUUCGUUUGUGAGUAAUGAAGCCCCAGCUCCAGAUUCCCAGAUGGAGUGUUUAUGGGGAUGCUGCCAGCUCUAGGAUGCUCUGAGCACUGAACUCAUUGCCAUUGUCUUAGUUAGGAUCACCAUCGCUCUGACAAAAUACCAUGACCAAAAAGCAACCUGGGGAGGAGAGGGUUUGUUUGACUGACACUUCCACAUCACUGUUCAUCAUCAAAGGAAGUCAGGACAGGAACUCAAGCUGGGCAGGAACCUGGAGGCAGGAACUGAUGCAGAAGCCAUGGAGGGGAGCUGCUUACCUUCCUCCAUCAAUCACUAUUUAAGAAAAUGUCCUACAGUCAGAUCUUAUGGAAGCAUUUUCUCAAUUGAGGUUCUUUCCUUGCUGGUGACUCUAGUUUGUGUCAGGUUGACAUAAGAGCAGCCAACACAGCCAUGUAGCAAGGGACAGAGACUGUAGUGCUCCAAGCCUUCACACUGGGGAAAGUCUGGCUCCUGAGGGCUGUGAGGACAUUCUCUCCCUUCACUGGACAGUCUGCUCCUAGCUUCCGUGUCACCAUUACGGGGGGCUUCCCCCGUCCUCCAUCCUCAGCUGUUUCGUGGUUCACAUCUUCUCUCUAUUCUCCAUUACUAAUAAAAACCCUCACCCCAAUGACUUUCAGAUGUACCACUCCAUGAGAAAGUCUCCCAAGUAUGGUUGCAGUUAUCAACACAGCACAUAAAAAGAAAACAGCUUGUGGUACAUUCUUCUUAAGUGAGGCAGAAAAUCUAAAUGCCUUUUAGGACAGAUUUGCUAUCUGAAAAUUUAAGUCACUUGUUUCUGGGAAGAGUCAUCAACCAGGGGAAGCAACAUGAACCAAAGGUUCAGAUGUGUUGCUGGCAAAGGGGUGGAUCCUUCAGUGCGGGAAGUUCUACAAAUUAGACUGAACCUAACAAGGUGCUUGUGGGGGGCAGCCAGUUCCGCUGAGGGGUCCUGGCCAACUUGUGUAUAACAAAUGCCUGUGCUCCUGUCCAAGACAGAACAAGGAUGACUCUGGGGUUUGGCCCCUUGCUGCCCCCAAAGAGCAUUUGGAGGUAUAUUGGUAUAUUGCUCUAGCCCAUGGGAUCUUUCAUGGCUGUCUGAGCUGCUAGUCUCAAAUGCGUGUCCUGCCCAGGGUUGGGGCUGUCUUGGGGAGGGACAGUCAGGUGAUGAUUCUCUAUUCUUUCCUUGAUAUCCAAGUACAUUGAGGACAGAGAACUUGAUUCCAUCCAGUUCCCGGGCCCAGGCUUUGCACUUCAUACCGAGGAGACACACAACAGUGGCCCAGAAGACUUACUUCUCCAGGGUACAGCUUCUUUUAGCCCUUCCUCAGGCAAAGAAGAGAUUCUGCUAGGUCUCCUGGACUUAGGGCCCUAACCCUAGACAUAUCCCCAGCAACUGUAACCCAGAGAGGCUGCAGGACAGCAGAGAGGGUUGGGUUGACACUCUGCCUUCCAGCACGUGUGUUCUGGGGGUGCGUAGGCGGCGGAGUUGGGUGUGUUAUCAUUUUCAUGAAGAGGCAUCCUGCUUAGUUUGUCGACAACCAAGAGUCACCUGAGUCAGGGAAUCUUAGCUGAGGAACGCUGAGAUCUGACUGGCCUGUGGCCGUGUCUGUGGGGAAUUGCUUGAUUGUUGGUUGAUGUGAGAAGGCCAUGACCACUGUGGGCAGUGCCACCCCUAUGCAGGUGGUCCUGGGUUGUAUAAGAACACUGGCUGGGUAUGAGCCAGGGGGAGUGAGCCCUCUAUGGUUUCUGCUGGAGCUCCUGCUACAAUCUCCCUCAAUGAUGGUUUGUGACAUCAAAAUAUAAGUCAAACAUACUCUUCCCUUCCCAAAUUGCUUUUUGUUGGUUAUUCAGCAUAGGAAGAAAACUAACUAGAACAAUGGCUAUGACGGACCCAAAGCAGGGUGGGAGAUGGGCUGUUCCCACCAUGGUGGAGAGAAGCCUAGUAUGGUAUAGCCUUGUAUAGUAUGAAAUAGGAUUCUGUCUUG